UCCCCCCAAAUCUCCCUUCUCUUUCUCGUUUGUCCCCUCAGAGCUACUCCUCGGUGAGCAACAUGAACGCGGGGCUGGGCAUGAACAGCAUGAACACGUACAUGACCAUGUCGGCCAUGAGCACCACGGCCAACAUGACGGCAGCCACCUCCAUGAACAUGUCCUACGCCAACACGGGCAUGAGCCCUUCACUCGCUGGCAUGUCCCCAGGUGCGGGGGCCAUGGCCGGCAUGGGCUCAGCCGGCGUGGCGGGGAUGGGUGCCCACCUGAGCCCCAGCAUGACCAUGGGAGGCCAAGCGGGCUCCAUGAACGCCCUGGCCCCCUACACCAACAUGAAUUCCAUGAGCCCCAUCUACGGGCAAUCCAACCUCAACCGCUCGCGGGACCCCAAGACGUACCGGCGGAGCUACACGCACGCCAAGCCCCCCUACUCCUACAUCUCGCUCAUCACCAUGGCCAUCCAGCAGUCUCCCAACAAGAUGCUGACGCUGAGCGAGAUCUACCAGUGGAUCAUGGACCUCUUCCCCUUCUACCGCCAGAACCAGCAGCGUUGGCAGAACAGCAUCCGCCACUCGCUUUCCUUCAACGACUGCUUCCUCAAGGUGCCCCGCUCCCCAGACAAGCCGGGCAAAGGCUCCUUCUGGACGCUGCACCCCGACUCGGGCAACAUGUUUGAGAACGGCUGCUACCUGCGCGAGCAACAGCGCGAAUCAAUGCCGGCCCCCGACAGCGACAGCGGGGAGCUUCCUCCCGGGGGGAGAAGCCCCAUCGGCGUGGGAAGCGGAGGGGAAGCUCCCCCGUGGCAGCGGCUUCGGCUCAGGUCUCUUUGCAACAAACCUCUCUUUUUUCCCUGCGCUCGCCCCGUGAAACAAGGGGAGGCGACGCUUCGCCCCGCUCACCGUCGGCACGCCGCGCGUCUCCCCUCGGAGAAAACAAACCCCAAUCCCACGAGCAUAAAAGGGCUUUGUGGUGGGGACAUCAGUGCCGUGCCGCGGGCCGGGGCUCGCCGCCCGCCUGCCAACCCGCCUAGGAAUGCUUGCUGCCACCGCAGCCUGCGGGUAGGAAAUAGUUUCCAGGCAAAAAGGCCUCCCAGUGUAUUCCGGCCCGACAGCUUCCAGCAGCCCUCUGUAGGCGUCUUGUUCUGCCGCCGCCGGGACACCUACCCGGAGGAAGAGCGGAGACGAAGGUGGGAGAGCUUUUAA